AUGGGUGACGAGAUGAGUAGCGGAGUUUCAGGCUUUUUAUCGAGGGGAAAGCAAAGCCAACGAGAAGUUCUUUUGAUUUUAAGUUUGAGGACGCAGCUUGAGUUUGUAAGCAAAGGAGUCAUGUCUACAAAGAAAGCUAGCCCAGGGGUGUCGUGCAGUAUCAAUGAUAUUCCUCCAUGGAAUCAAUCCCGAACUGGUCAAUGUAUGGUAGACUUGUUAAAAGGGCAAUACAGGUUUUAUGAAGAGCUGGUUGGGUUGGGUUGGGUUUCGAAAUUAUUACGUAGACUUGCUUGA